GCCAUUUUGCGCAGGAGGGAGGUGCCUUGUGUCUCCUGAACUCCGUCACCUAGCACAGCGGCAGGCAUCGCGGCUUAUUUCGGGCUCCGAUCUCAGUCUACUUCAACUCCCAGACUUUUCCUGUGCGUUCCAGGACUUUCUCCACAACUAGUCUAUUUUUUUCUUUCCAGGUGGCCAUUUUGACCUUUGACUGAAAGGUCAAUUCCCAAGUUCCGAACGCAGGCUUGGAAUGUGAGGGGGAACAGAGCCUGAAUUCUUCAGGCUGUAGCCGUGGGCCCCCAAGUUUGUAUGUCUCUUUGUUGUCUAAGACACUCCAGAUCUGACCUCCAAAACUGACCCACGAGUUUCCAAAUCUAUCUCUAGAGAAUGAGGGUCUUCUAUGUAAUCCAGGCUGUCUUGAAUUCGAGAUCGUCCAUCUUUCAAGUGCUGGGAUUACAGAUACAUGCUACAACACCCAACUGGCCUAAAAGCUUGGAAAUCUCCAUCCCUGAAAUCAGCCCUUUUGGAGGAUCCAGCCUUCUCACAUUUCAGCCCCUCCUGAACACCCCAAAAUGACUUCUCCAUGCCAUCUUCCCCUAGAAUCCCUUAUCUCUCCAAGAACCCCUAUGCCACAAGCCCCCAUCAUUCCACCACCACCUCUACCCACAAGUUCUUUGAACUUAGCUUUUCCAUUUCCUACUUGCGGUCUCCAGGCCCCUGUUCCCCCACCACCCCCACUCCCUCCUCCAUCUCUUGCCAUAGGACGUGCUCCCCCUCAUGUCUAUGGCCUGGAGAAGAGCCAGCUCCUGAAGGAGGCCUUGGAAAGGGCUGGUCCAGUCCCCAAGGGCAGAGAGGAUGUGAAGAGGCUGCUGAAGCUGCACAAGGACCGGUUCCGAAGUGACUUGCAGUGGAUUCUCUUCUGUGCUGAUGUGCCGUCUCUCAUCCAAGAAGGCCCUCAGUGUGGCUUGGUGGCCUUGUGGAUGGCAGGCACUCUUCUGUCACCACCUGGCAGUGUCCCCCUGGCAAGACUCGUGCAGGUGGCCAUGGAGAGAGGCUACACAGCCCAAGGAGAGAUGUUCUCUGUGGCUGACAUGGGCAGACUAGCACAGGAGACACUGGGCUGCCAGGUUGAGCUACUCUGUGGCGGCCUGGGCAGUCCCAACAGAGCCCGUGUCCUGCAGCACCUUGUCACUGGACAUCCCCUGCUCCUCCCCUAUGAUGAGGACUUCAACCAUGAGCCAUGUCAGAGAAAGGGCCACAAGGCCCACUGGGCAGUGAGUGCAGGGGUCCUGCUGGGUGUGCACGAUAUACCAUGCUCCGGCUAUCUGGAGGACCCUGAGCUGCCAGGCCUGUUCCACCCAGUGCCUGGCACACCCUGCCAGCCACCAUCCCUGCCAGAGGAAGACUCUCCUGGCACUGUCUUCCUUCUCUCCAAACAAGGCAAGAGUUGGCACUAUCAGCUGUGGGACUACAGCCAAGUCCAUGACAGCAACCUGCAGCUGACAGACUUCUCUCCUUCGAGGGCCACUGAUGGACGGAUGUAUGUGGUGCCUGCUGGUGGGGUGCGUGCAGGCCUCUGUGGCCAGGCCCUGCUCCUCAGACCACAGGAGUUGAGCCACUAGUUGGGACUGGCCUCACCUUGGAUCUGUCACCAUUGGACGAGUGCCUUAGCUUCUUCCCAUGUGACAGCCAUAGGUUUAUCCUGGAUUUUUGAGGGCCUCUCACUUUACAGGGUCCCCACACCCAUCCCAUCUCAAGCCUGGCAUCAUCCCAAGCCCUUCCCUUCUAGGACUGAGCACUGAUCCCCCUCUCCAGGGAGACACUGAUGACAACUCAAAACUGUCUAUCCCACCUGACUAUGCCAGUCACCUGUUGCUCUCUGGAGACAUCUUUUAAGCCACCAUCACCUCACUAGACAUCUAUAGAAGCCUCCUCCUGGACCCUCUGCCACCUCCAGCCCCCAUUCUGCUCAGAGGACAGGGACCCAGUGCUCCCCACUCAGCUCCGUUUGGCCCAGGCUUUCCUCACCCUUUCUGCCUACCAGCUGUACUGGCCUUUCAGGUCUCUAGACUGUGGGGCUCCACCCCCAGCUCUGUGCUAAAGGUCACUACUUAACUUCUCCAUCUUGGCUCAUGUAUCACUUCCUCCGGGAAGAGUUCCUCAGGCCAGGCCCCAUUCCCCCGCCAUUCUGGAGGUUUUACUUUUGGUCUUUUUUUUUUUUUUCCCCAUGGGACUACGCUUUGAACUCAAAGCUUCAUGUUUACAAAGCAGGCACUUUAUCACUUGAGGCACAC